AUGUUCUUCCAAAGCGCUCAUGAGGAGAAAGACAAAGAUGUCUUGCUUCAUUUCAUCCGGCAAAACCCACUCGGGGUUCUGAUAACCGGCAUGAACUCCUCCCAGCAAGACUUCCUACAGUGCACCCAUGCCCCAUUUGUGGUGGAUUUCCCAGAGGAAACAGGCAAGACGGAUCCCUAUCUCCGCGCCCACAUCGCCAAGCAGAACCCACAAGUCAAGACAAUGAUGGAAGCUGUCAAUGAAAAGCCACCGAAUGUUCUCGAACUCGACGACGACGUCCUAGUGCUCUUCAAUGGCAAGCACGACCAUUACGUGACUCCGAAAUACUACGUUGAAACAAAACCAGGUACAGGAAAGGUCGUACCCACAUGGAAUUACUCCGCCGUUCAAGCGUAUGGCAAGAUGUCGUUAUACUAUGAUUCCAAAACACCCGAGACCGGCGACUUCCUCGCUAAACAACUGCAUGAUCUUUCGCAGCAUACCGAGAAGUCGAUUAUGGGGUACACUGGUGGCGAGAAACCGGAGCCGUGGACGGUGUCCGAUGCGCCUACGUCGUACACUGAUCUCCUGAAGAAGAACAUUGUUGGCAUUGAGAUUCGAAUCACUAAGCUUCAGGGGAAGUUUAAGAUGAGCCAGGAAAUGAAGCCCGGGGAUCGUGAGGGCGUGAUCCAGGGAUUCGCGAAGUUAGGAGGGGAUACCGGCAUUGCCAUUUCGAAUUUAGUGAAAGAGCGAGGUGAAUUGCGUGAUGCAAAGAAACGAGACUCUUGA